UAUUUAAAAACGCCACGGUACAAAUGUUACAAUACAUCAUCACUUUGGAUAGAUCAAUUUCAGCUUCAGUCCUAUCUUGUAGAGGAUCAGACAGGCAGCUUUUUUCUCUUCUCCAGUAAAAGGCUGUGUGACUGACUGACUGUGUGUGUUUUGAUUAUCCUUGAAAUGGAGUGUUGUCUCUUUCUUCAACCUUCUUCCUUCAUUACAAUUCCUUUAAAGGGUAAAUUAAAACGCCAUUAUUUUCCCAAUUCCAAGCUCCUACGAGUUGCUUGCUCUUCUUCUUCAAAAGAUUCAUUUGACUCUUUACCUGUCCCCGACAAUUCCUCUGGAAAUUUUUGCAUUAUAGAGGGACCUGAAACGGUUCAGAACUUCACUCAAAUGCAGACACAGGAAAUCCAAGAUAAUAUAAGGAGUAGGCGAAAUAAGAUAUUUCUUCUUAUGGAGGAGGUGAGGAGACUACGGAUACAACAACGCCUCAAGAGGAUGAAAGGUUCUCAUGAAGGGACUUCAGAUGAGGCAAACGAAAUGCCUGAGAUUCCUUCAUCUAUUCCCUUCCUUCCCCAUGUGACUCCUAAGACAUUGAAGCAGCUAUACUUGACGAGCUUUUCAUUUAUAGCAGGGAUCAUUGUCUUUGGAGGCCUUAUUGCUCCAACUCUUGAAUUGAAACUAGGUUUAGGGGGAAUGUCUUAUGAGGAUUUCAUUCGCACCUUGCAUUUGCCUCUUCAACUGAGUCAAGUUGAUCCUAUAGUGGCGUCUUUCUCUGGUGGAGCUGUUGGAGUAAUUUCAGCUUUGAUGCUCAUUGAAGUUAACAAUGUGGAACAACAAGAGAAGAAAAGAUGCAAGUAUUGCCAUGGAUCUGGAUAUUUGGCUUGUGCUCGAUGUUCUGCUAGUGGUGUGUGCUUAAGGACAGAACCAAUUUCUAUAUCUAGUGAUUUUGAUCGUCCCUUGCGAGUGCCAACUACACAAAGGUGUUCUAGUUGUUCAGGAGCAGGAAAGGUAAUGUGUCCUACUUGCCUUUGCACUGGGAUGAUAAUGGCAAGUGAACAUGAUCUGCGAAUAGAUCCUUUCGACUAAGAAAAUAGAUGAUGAAACAUUAUCUCAGGUGUUGGAGUUCUAGUCUUAUUAAUGUCAUCAAAUGAGCGAUUGUAAUUUUUUUUGUCUUGGACCGUUGGACGUGAUCCGAAGAGGCGAAGACAAACCUUGAAGAAGGGGGCUGUGGAGGGAAGAAGAACCUUGAAAUGGAAGAUUUAUGUACAAGUAUCAUGUGUAAAAAUCUCAGCGUAUAAUAUAUGGUUGUGUAGAUUUGCUGGAACAAGUAUUAAAUGACAAGAGUACAGGACUAAUUUUUUCUGA